GAAUUGCAUCGAUGGCUUUCGCUCGCGAGAUCAGCAAAACAUUACGCCCUCUGCUCAUCAGAUACCGCCCCUCCCUGACCUCGUCGGCGCCUUUUGUCCUCACCAAAAAGAUUCAAGAGUCAGCCGUCCCAGCAGUGGCCGUACCGAUUCCGGCGAAGGAAUCGCCGCCGAUAUUGGAUUUGGAGGACACCGGGCGACUUUACACGACGGUGAAAACAGGGGAGCUAAUUAGGUCCCUAGCCACGCUAUACCCGAUGGCCGUGGGUCCGGCGGUGGAUGUCGGUAUGGCGGUGAUGCGAUCAAGGGCGGUGGAGGAGAGCUGGGCGGUUAGGGCGGCGGUCAUGGGGAUGGUGAGGAGGACGGUAUACCGGCAGUUCUGCGCCGGCGAGGAUGCUGAAGAGGCGGCGGAGACGCUGCGCCGGCUGUGGAAGGAAGGAAUGCGCGGGAUCCUCGAUUACGGUCUCGAAGAUGCAGAGGAUGGAGCCGCCUGCGACCGAAACCUCGCCGGAUUUCUUUCAACCGUGGAGUUAACGGCGACUCUUCCUCCCUCAUCGGUCAGCUUUGCUUGCGUGAAAAUCACCGCAAUCUCCCCAAUUAAACUACUCGAACGCGUCAGCGAUCUUCUCCGAUGGGAAAGAAAAGAUCCAUCUAUCCGCCUUCCAUGGAAGAGACCAUCUCUCCAAAUCCUCACCGACGCCAGCCCUCUCUACCACACUCCCAGAGCUCCACCGCCUCUAACCGAAGAAGAAGAACGGGAGCUCCACCUCUCACACAACAGACUCGCAACGCUCUGCCACCAUUGCUCCGGCGCCGCCAAUCUCCCCCUCCUCGUCGACGCCGAGUACACCUCGGUUCAGCCCGCAAUCGACUACUUGAUCUACGCCGCCGCACUAGACUUCAACAAGGACGAGCGGCGGCCGCUCGUGCACGGCACAAUCCAAACUUACUUGAAGGACUCCAAGGAAAGACUGAUUCAAGCAGUCGACGGUGCGAAGAAGGCAGGAAUCUCGAUUGGAUUCAAGUUGGUGAGAGGCGCUUAUUUGUCAAGGGAGACUGCUCUCGCUUCCUCACUCGGCAUGGCUUCUCCAAUCCACAGAAGCAUUCAGGAGACGCACGCUUGCUUCAACGAUUGCGCCGCCUUCAUGAUUGAGAGAAUUGUGAAGGGAUCUUGUUCGGUGGUGCUCGCCACGCAUAAUCUAGAAUCCGGGAAGAUGGCGGCGGCGAAGGCGGAGGAGCUGGGAAUCGGGAAAGGAGAGCAGAAGUUGCAGUUUGCGCAGCUGAUGGGAAUGGCGGAUGGGUUGUCUUUGGGGCUUAGGAAUGCCGGGUUCCAAGUUAGUAAGUAUCUGCCAUUUGGGCCGGUAGAACAGGUCAUGCCUUACCUGCUAAGGAGAGCAGAGGAGAACAGAGGAUUGAUUUCGACUUCCUCGGUUGACAGAGAGCUCCUCAGUAAGGAGCUGAAGAGAAGGCUGUGGGUUCAAGUUUUUGGGAAGCAGUAGCUGAAAAAGUAUUUACGGAGGAUAUUUUGAUGAAUUUAUGUAAAGAUAGGAUUAAUUUUAUCACACAUAUUCUUAAUUGCGUGCAUCA